AUGGCGACUACAGUGGACAAGAUCAAAGAGAUUGAGGCCGAGAUGGCCAAAACUCAAAAGAACAAAGCUACGUCAUAUCACUUGGGACAAUUGAAAGCAAAACUCGCCAAGUUAAAGAGAGAACUCUUGACGCCUUCGGGAGGUGGAGGUGGUGCCGGUGUUGGAUUCGAUGUUGCUCGUACCGGUGUUGCGAGUGUGGGUUUCAUCGGUUUCCCUUCAGUCGGCAAAAGUACUUUGAUGAGUAGGCUCACCGGCCAACACUCUGAAGCCGCCGCUUAUGAAUUCACAACCUUGACAACGGUCCCCGGACAGGUCAUGUACAACGGAGCCAAGAUCCAGAUCCUCGAUUUGCCCGGUAUUAUCCAAGGUGCUAAAGAUGGAAAAGGUCGUGGUCGACAAGUUAUUGCGGUUGCAAAAACGUGCCAUUUGAUUUUCAUUGUCCUGGAUGUCAACAAGCCGUUGACUGACAAAAAAGUUAUCGAGAACGAAUUGGAGGGAUUUGGUAUUCGAAUCAAUAAGCAGCCACCGAAUAUUGUUUUCAGGAAGAAAGAGAAGGGAGGAAUAUCGAUUUCGAGUACGGUACCACUAACACAUAUUGACAACGACGAAAUUCGAGCCGUUAUGAGUGAAUAUAAAAUUACAUCUGCGGAAAUCGCAAUCAGAUGCGAUGCCACAAUUGAUGAUCUUAUUGAUGUUCUCGAGGCAAAGAGCAGACGUUACAUUCCUGUCAUUUACGCGUUGAACAAGAUUGAUUCCAUCUCGAUCGAGGAAUUGGAUCUGUUAUACCGGAUCCCUAAUGCCUGUCCGAUCAGCUCAGAGCACGGAUGGAAUAUCGACGAACUUCUGGAGCUGAUGUGGGAAAAGUUGAACCUCAGACGAGUCUACACCAAACCAAAGGGCAAACAACCUGAUUAUACGGCACCUGUCGUGUUGAGAAGCACGGCAUGUACAGUGGAAGAUUUCUGUAAUGCCAUUCACAAAACUAUUGUCGACCAAUUCAAAAUAGCAAUCGUCUACGGACGUUCUGUUAAGCAUCAACCUCAGCGGGUUGGCCUCGGCCAUGAGCUUGCUGAUGAAGAUAUCAUUACGAUCCUGAAACGAUAA